AUGGGUACCGACGACGUGGACGCUUUCAGGCGCCUGCCAGACGAUAAGGUGUCGCGUCAGCCGUGGAGGAGUUGCACAUCUACUGUCGUCAUCAUCGAGUCCGGGCGCUUCUUCCUGUCCAAUAACGUUAUUCAAGUCUUCCCUUUUGAAAUCCUUGGGAGAGCCGGAAAGGAGAUCCUGUCUUCCGGACUGGUAGAAGUGGAUCAUGGCAGUGUUUGCCGGUACAGCUCGAGACGCCGCGGGAGGUCUCGUGCUACCAAGAGACUACUUUUCGUGAAGCCUGUCGCAUGGCGCCCCGCUCAAGGGGAGAAGCCGAGUGGCCACAAAAAAAGAGCCGGACUCGUUGGCCUCAGGGGAAAAAGGGGGCGGCGGACAAGCGACCCGGUGGGCUGGGUUGAUCUGAUGCAUCUCGUCGAUUGUACCACGGAGCCCCGCCCGCACAAGGAAAAAAACCACGGCGACCACUAUUUUCAGUUCAGUCAGUUCAUUCAUACCCCAGGGCAUCUAACAGCCCUUGUCCUUGACUGGCGCUGA